CUUCGUCUCUCUCUCUCUCUCUCUCUCUCUCUCUCUAUAUAUAUAUAUAUAUAUCUAUAUAUAUAUAUGUAUAUACAGAGAACCAAAACCCCGCGAACACCGUCCCCCUCCGAAACCCUCGCUUCGCCCCUCCUCUCUCCUCCUCCUUAAAUAUACCCUCAUCGAUCGAUCCAAUGACUCGCCCCAUCGCCUCCUCCUCCUCUCUCUUCGUCGCCACCGCCUCCUGAGGGAGGGAAAUGUUCGCGCUCGCGCCUCCGCCGCCGCCGCCGCCGCUGCGGAGCUUCGUCGCGCUCGCGACUACGACGACGACGAAAUUAGGGUUUGGACUCCCUGGGGCGAGAUCGAGGGCGCCGCGGCCGAUUACGGCUGCGGCAUUGGACGGGGACGACGAGGCGCGGGCGGGGUUUAGGGGUCGGAGGCAGGGGGCGGUGGAUCCGACCCUUGGGAGUUCGUCCGGAUCAGGAAUGGAGAAUGUUGUGACUGUCGGAAAAUCGACAAACAUUUUAUGGCAUGAUUGUCCAAUUGGAAAACUCGAAAGACAAAUGUUACUGAAGCAAAAGGGUUGUGUAAUUUGGAUCACAGGCCUCAGUGGUUCAGGAAAAAGCACUCUUGCUUGUGCUUUGAGUAGAGAGCUACACUGCAGAGGGCAUCUGACUUAUAUCCUUGAUGGUGACAAUCUUAGACACGGCCUUAACCGGGAUCUUAGUUUCAAAGCAGAGGAUCGUGCAGAAAAUAUACGCAGAGUUGGGGAAGUAGCAAACCUCUUUGCAGAUGCUGGUGUUAUAUGCAUAGCUAGUUUGAUAUCGCCAUACAGAAGAGAUCGAGAUGCCUGUCGUGCUCUACUUCCAGAAUCCACAUUUGUCGAAGUCUUCAUGAAUGUUCCAUUAGAAGUUUGUGAAGCAAGGGAUCCAAAAGGAUUAUACAAGCUUGCACGUGCAGGAAAGAUCAAAGGUUUUACUGGAAUAGAUGAUCCGUAUGAGCCACCCUUGGACUGUGAGAUAGUUAUACAAUUGAAAGACGGGAAGUGCCCUACACCGAAAUGUAUGGCCGAGCAAGUGAUAUCGUACCUUCGAGAGAAGGGAUUUUUGCUGGGGUAGAUGGACUUUAGCUGUAUUCACAGCUCUUGCAGGCUGCUCGCUGGAAAAUGUUUUCAGAUGCCGAUUUUUGAAGUAUAAUACGAAUGAAACUGCACUGUGGGCGCCUAAAGCUGCAAUAUAGCGUCACUGUUUUCCUGUGCAUUUAUACAUUGUACAUGUAUAAUACAUACAUAGUCAGCAUCUUGUUCAUAUCAUCAUUUUUUUUUUUGGUCCAUUCCUAAUGCGGUUAUGCAUUUCAAGUAUGCUGCUUCUGUUUUCUUCGUCUUUUUUUUCUUCUUUUUUUUUUUUCUUUUUUUCCUUUUUAUCCUCCCUCAUCCCCUAAGGCUAGAAGGGUGUAUUUCUGUUAUGUACAGUGACAUGUGUACGGGGCAUUAGACAACAUUAAUUGCUGAUUGUUCAAAUAGCAGAAUUAGAAAAGUAAAGAAUUCUUGGUAGAAAA